AUGAAUCCAGUCCGAGCUCUCCACAUGAUGCGGACCAAACCGAUGAUGCAGAUCUUGGUGAACCGACAGCAGAGUCAGCUCAGCCUGAGCAACCAUCUGGAGCUGAUCCUGCAGAGCCGUCUGAAGCUGUACCCAAAGCAGCUGCGAAGAGUGAAGCUGCGCCCAGAUCAGGUGCCACACCGUGAUCGUGACAGAGAUCAGCGUGAAAUGCAACGCAUGCUGGGCACACUGGAGCCUUCUCACCGGAAGCCAAAGCCGAUUUUCCCACAGUCAGUUUUGGGUCACUUGUUCAUGCGUAAGUUUGGUUUGAACAGGGAGCAACGUGCACUUGUCAUCAGAUCGACAGGUGGCAGUUCUCGUUUCCUGGAUGUUGAACGAAUUCUUCGUGCAUCUGACCUUGAAGAUCAGCGUGAACAAGAUCGACGUUUUCAGAAGCCUCAGUUAAAGCCUGGUCGCCGUGAAGCCUUUGCAGUAGAGAUGGACGAUAGCUCUUCACUGGAGUUACCACUAUCAGAAUCUGAUGGGGAUGACAAUGAUGUUCUGGUUGGGGAAGAGGUUCAAGAAUCAGUAGAGAGUGAUGACGAUGAACUAGCUGAGAUUUUUGAGAUUCAACGAAAAGCCAAGAAAGAUUUCAAGAAGAGUUUUCGAACUUACAAGGAAUCCAAGAAGAAGGUGAAGGACAUCAAGAAAUCACGUGCUGGACCUACUUCCUACUAUCCAGUUGUUGCCAUGCCCCCUGACAAUGCAUCAGCUGCAUCCGGCAGCCAACAAAGCACUGUAAAGCCCUUCAAAUCUGAUCGCAAGGACCAGUUCAAGAAACGGGAUUCCAGGAAUCAGAAACCUCCGAACCGGAAGGAGGAUGCCAAUUAUACCCAGUCAGAAUUGGUUACGCAUUUUUCCUAUGUGGUUGAUGAAUCAAAGACUAUGGAUGAGAUGACCCCCGAAGAAAUAGAUGUUUUCCUGGCUUUGAUUCCACAGGGGUAUGCAAUCAUUGACACUGGGUGCACUACCUCCGUUAUCGGUGAUGCCACAGCCCAGCAGCUGAAGAAGCACUUCAUGGAUGUUGGAUUUCCUCUUCCACAAGAGGUGCAACUGCCGGCCGUGGAGCUCAAAGGUUUCAAUGGGAAGACCGAAACAACUACAACUGGUUUGAAGUGGACAGUUUGUUUGGGGAAUUUACAGGGUAGCAUUACCACCUAUGUCAUUCCUGGAGUCACACCAUUCCUUUUGUCCCGAAGAGUGCUGGAAGCUAUGGAAGCCAUCAUUGACCUGAAGAAUAGAACUAUUUCCUCCAAGAAACAUGGUCUUGAUUGUGCCCCUCUUCGACAAGCCUCUAACGGGCAUUUGCUGUUACCGUUGUGUGAGCCUCCACAUGACUUGGAGAUUGGACAGUGCGACCAUACAGAGAUGAAUGAGCCCAAUCCGAAUGCCGCUGCAUCCGCAGUUGUAUCCAAUGCCAAGUCCGUCAAUGCCAAGCUGCGCAAGCACCUCAACUCCUUGAGGAACACAACACUUCGUUUGACGCUGUCACGCCUGGCAACCAAUCCAAAAGAAGUCAAAGCCGAACUGGCCACCUGGCUAGGAGACCAAGCCAAAUGCCUUGAUUCGAAAGUUGGCUUGAUUGAGGAUUUCACUGAUCGUGCCAGAAUGUCUGAUGUCUAUGAAAAGCAGUCCGGAAAGACAGCCAUUAGACUUGGUCUUAAGUACGGGCAGGACUUCACACGUUUGCAUGAUCGCCGAUGUCUCUUGCUUUUAAUAGCCUGGUGCCGGCCUGAUCACUUGUGGUUUAGCUUUCCCUGCAAGCAUUGGGGUCCAUGGACACGCUUGAACAUGAGCAAGAAUCCACGAACAUGUCAACUAAUCAUGCAUGAACGUGCAGUGGCACGCAGAUACUUGCAUAAUGUUUCAGAAGCUUGGAAUCUCCAAUGUGCGCUGGGUGGACACUGUCAUGCUGAGAAUCCAUUGUCGUCUCUGGCAUGGGCCGAGUUGUCUUUGGAGCAAGCAUGGGAAGUCCGAGUUGACCAAUGCGCUAUGGGUUUGAGAGCACCCAAUACGGACAAACCUGUCCUGAAGCCGACAAGAAUUGUGACGACGCUGCAGCAGCUCGCCCUAGGACAACUUUCGCCUGACCUGGAACGUGCGUCCGAGUCACUUCGUGAAAAGGCCGGCCAAUUCAUUGAUUUACUUCCAGACAAACCCCAAGAUGAUGACAUGGAACUAGAGGAAGAUUUCAAUGAUGAUGAUGACGAUGAUCCAGAUCCCCCUGAUGAUUUGGAGGGCGGCCCACGAAAAAUCAGACGCCGUAUCUCACGAUCUGAUGAGUACUGGCGAAAGCGUGCAGCUGGAGCACCGCCAUUAGGUGUUUUGCAUGAAGGGCCACAGCCCAGAAUUGCCCGUGCAAUGUCCGAUUUGCCUGAUCCGACAGCACCCUCCGACGAAGCUGCGCAUGAUGAAAAGCGUAGAAGGGUUACCAUAGAUCCUGAAAUUGAGGUUGAACAGUAUGAGCCAACCACACCUGCUGACACACCCAAGGAAAUGCCUGGCACUCCAGUAGAUUCGCCAGAUCAGCCGAUGUCAGAGGAUGCAUCAGCCAUGUCUCAGCCUUGCAAAAAGGCAUCGAAGUCAGUGGAUGGCCCAUUGACUGACCAUGAAGUGAGUGCGACCGUUGGCUUGCUGCACCGUGCUAUCGCCUAUGGCCAGACCCCUAAGGUGAUGAUGUGCUUUCGAAAGUCUCUGGUUUCCAAAGCCGAGCAUGUGCCAGCCGCGGCGUUCAUGGAAGAGCUCCAGGGUAUCUAUGAUGAUCCUGACCCAAAGGGUGGCAUGUCCGAUGCUACGAAGCGUCGCCUGACCUCUGAGGACUCCAGUCCGCGCUACACUGAGUGGGAUCAAGUUUCCAUGUGUGGUAGUGAGUUUCCAGAUGCGGCAACCCGUCUUGCCAACAUGCCGAUGCCUUCCGGCACCAGUGCCAUGGGAUAUAUGGAUUCCUCCAACUUUGGAUAUAGCCAUGUGAACUCUAAGAACAAGACUCCUGAUGGAAUGUUACUGACCGAGCGGACAGUGGAUGAGCUACAUGACCAUGAGCCUGCAGAUGCGACCACGGUGAGGCGUGAAGGAAACAGUGCACGUCGUGACGGGGCUACACUGGAGGCUACGGUGGCUGAGUCUGUGGACAGCCGUUUGCAGGUCGUGGAAGAAGCCUUGCUGGAGCUGAAUCAAGACUUGUUGGCAGCAACCUCACAGCUCCGACAACUGCAGGCUCGCUGCGACACAUCUCUGGUCACUGACGAGAAGGUAUUUGGUGGCACUCCUCAGCUUCAGAUUGAAACUCGCCUGUUGGCGCUAGAGGACUUCCGCGGGAAGUCAGAGGCACAGUCAAAAGAACUUCACACGCUGUGCUUGGCCUUGGAUCAAAGAGCUGCAGGCUUGGAUCAAGAUCUCACCUGUGUGGUGGAAGAAGUGGAGUCCAGGCUAAAACGUAUGAGUGAGCAUUUGACAACAACCCAGGUGGAAAUCCGAGAAUCUUUGAGGUGUUCACCAAGGGAGCCAAACUCAUCUCCAUCGUCUCUGCUGUCUUUGGCGUUACCGUCGAAAGAUUGGCCAACUUCAGCUGGGGAGGUGCAGGCCUUGCAAGUCCAAGACAAACAGACAGCACGGAAGAGUAUCGAAGAACUACAGCAGGUCUUGUUGGUGAUGCAAAAGCAGAUGAGCACAUUUGCUGCUGAAUUGAACGAUGCAAAAAGUGGCGCAGAACAAGUACAGCAGGCACUGCAACAAGUCAAGGAGAAGAGCAUUUCUGAAGCAGACACAAAAAAGUUUGGAUCGAAUACAGAAACAUCGAAGCAGGUCUUGAUAGAUGUGCAGAAACAGAUGAGCUCUUUCGAUGCCGAGCUAAAAGAUGCCAGGAAGGGAGCGGAAGAAAUGUGGCAGGCCUUACAAGAAGUAAAGUGGAAGACAACUUCUGCAAAUGCAGACCAGACGAUCUUUGGAAUGACGGAAGGUUUGCAGCAGGCCUUGACGGAAAUCGAGAAGCAGAUGGGCUCCCUUCAUGCCGAGUUAAAAGAUACAAAAAGGGGCUCGGAAGACAUGCAACAGACCUUUUGCGAAGCACUGCAAGAGAUGAACGAAAAGAUCACAAGCACAGAUGCAGAUGCAAAGAGCGUCGGCAAGUCUACGCAUGGAUUCCACCAGGUGUUGACAGAAGUUCAGAAGCAGAUGAGUUCACUUGAUGCUGAAAUGAAAGAAGCUAGAAAGGAUGCAGAAGGAAUGCAGCAGGCGUUGCAAGAACUUAACGAGAAGACCAUUGGCACUGAGAAAGAUUCAAAGAUCGCUGCAAAGAGCACAGAAGGUUUGCAGCAGGCCUUGACGGAAAUCCAGAAGCAGAUGGGCUCCCUUCAUGCCGAGUUAAAAGAUACAAAAAGGGGCUCGGAAGACAUGCAACAGGUGUUGACAGAAGUUCAGAAGCAGAUGAGUUCACUUGAUGCUGAAAUGAAAGAAGCUAGAAAGGAUGCAGAAGGAAUGCAGCAGGCGUUGCAAGAACUUAACGAGAAGACCAUUGGCACUGAGAAAGAUUCAAAGAUCGCUGCAAAGAGCACAGAAGGUUUGCAGCAGGCCUUGACGGAAAUCGAGAAGCAGAUGGGCUCCCUUCAUGCCGAGUUAAAAGAUACAAAAAGGGGCUCGGAAGACAUGCAACAAGUGUUGACAGAAGUUCAGAAGCAGAUGAGUUCACUUGAUGCUGAAAUGAAAGAAGCUAGAAAGGAUGCAGAAGGAAUGCAGCAGGCGUUGCAAGAACUUAACGUCAAGACCAUUGGCACUGAGAAAGAUUCAAAGAUCGCUGCAAAGAGCACAGAAGGUUUGCAGCAGGCCUUGACGGAAAUCCAGCAGCAGAUGGGCUCCCUUCAUGACGAGUUAAAAGAUACAAAAAGGGGCUCGGAAGACAUGCAAAAGGAUUUACAGGUGGUGAGGGAGAUGACCAGUUGCACUGAUGCUGACGCCAAAACCAUCGCAAAGAGGACCGAGAAGAUGGAUCAGGCCUUGAAGGACAUCCAGGACAAGACCAGCUUCACGGAUGCAGAUGCAAAGAGCAGGGCCAAGAACACUGAAGAACUUCAUCAGGUCUUGGGGGACGUCCAGAAGAGGAUGAGUUUGUUUGAUGCUGAAUUGAAAGAUGCCAGAAAGCUUACUGAGAAAAUGCAGCAGGAUUUGGCAGAAGCUCAAAGCAAAGAGCGGUCCUUGGCGCAAGUGCCCCCGCCGGCGAAGGAAAACGAGGCAGUGGCAGACCUUCAAGCAGUGGUGGAAAAUCUGCAACAGGAGUUCAGAGGUGCAUCUUUGAGGGCGGAAGUGGGCGAGCUGCAGCGCCACAUGAGUCAGCUGCAGCAGGCAAUGGUAGAAGUACAGGGAAGAAGUGGCCAGGGUCAAGAUGCCUUGAGAGGAGGUCUAGACGAACUGGUCCAGGUGGUGGAAGCAGUGCGUCAUGCGCUCUGUGAAAGCGAGUCGGAAGUCAACGAGCUGCGGAAAGCUUCCGAGCACUGCCAGGAGGUGCUUGGGGCAACCGCUUCGCAUGGACAGCUUGAGGAACUACAGAAAAGACUGGUAGACAUGGAGAAGGCCAUGGAGAUGAAUACUGCUAAAGUGGAGGAGGCGUACCAAGGCAUGUCCCGUGGGCCAGAGAGGAGAAUAAUAGCGCCUUCAUCCCAAGGUGUGGAAGAUUCCGAGAGCGGGGCGCCCAAGGCGCAGGCAGCUUCCAUUGACGUCGCUGAGCGAGAGGUGCUGAGAUCCUCAUUUGACGAAAGUCUGGAAGAAGUCAAAGCAGAGUUGAAGCUUGUCAGUUUCGAGGCGCUGUCCAGCAUCGAGGAAAAUCGUUGCUUUACUGCCCAAAGCUGCGAGGAGCUGCAUGCAGAAGUCCAAAGCCUCGCGCAGCGCUGUACUGAGGAGUUUCAGGCGGCCAAAGAGAUCCAAGGGCUCCGAGGAGCUGUAACGGAGAGUGCCAGCGAGGCACUGAUACUCAACUUCCCCGAAGCAUCCUGGCCGCCGCCCGAAGCUUUUGAGGAGACUCUGCGCAGCAAGUUGAAGUUAGAUCCCACCAUGCAGAUCAGGCUUCAACAACGACAGCCUGGACUUGCAGCUGAGGUGCAGGGUUCGAGCCAGAGGCUGCAGGAGCUGCAACGGAAUUGGGCCUCAGCCGAGAUGGGAGAGCUGUCGGAUGACCUGAAAGUUUGUUUGGCUUUGAGGGGUUCGGCUUCCGAAACCGCCAGCACUGAUGCACUUUGGAUUGACUCCCUAUUGCAGACAUUCAAGAGGGAAGUCAUGGAGGAUCGCAAGGAAUGCUGCGAGGAAGUGGCAGAAGUCAAGGCAUUUCUUCUGGCGGAGCAGCAGAAACAAGGUCAACAACUUCGAGAGCUCAGGAAGUCACAGGAAGGAAUCCAGGAGUCUGUGGGUGCAGUUGCAAAGGAGUGGUGUGCUGGGCUGUCGGAGCUUCGAGUGGCUCUGACUCAGGAUGUGGAUUCCUCCCAAAGACAGGAGGAGAGCCUGGCGCUACAACGUGCCGGAGUACAGGAGUCCCUCGUCCAGCUACAGGGCGCCGUCUCGAUGGAACUGGGAGAGGCUAGACGUCAUAUCUCAGAAUUCAUGGAAGAAGAGGCUGCACGGCUUCAAGCGCAGUCUUUCGCAGAGUUGUUGGAGGCAUCAAAAAGCCAGGCAGGUGAGCUUGACCUUGUUCGUCGUCAGCUCAUUGAAACAGUACAGGACCGUGUGGACCUCCGGAGGCAGCUCUUGGACGUGUGUCGUUCAUCGCAAUUUGCUGAGAGUGCCCUGCGAAGUCAGUUCGAGCAAGAGACUCAGACGCAGCGCGUGCAACUGCAACGGCGACCAUAA